AUGCUACCCUGGCUCCUCCUCUCCUUCCUCGCAACUCCCUUGCACAGCGUCCAUGCACUGGAAAAAACUUUCGGCGUCCAACCCCAUCUCCUUGAGAAAUACACUCCCCUAAGCGGAACACCAGCAAAGUGGAAAUGCCUCGACGGAUCCAAAACCAUUUCGUGGGAUGCUGUGAACGAUGACUACUGUGAUUGUUUGGACGGAAGCGAUGAGCCAGGGACGAGUGCGUGUCCAAACUCGACGUUCUACUGCAAGAAUGAAGGUCACAUCGGUUCCGUCAUUCGGAGUUCACGAGUUAACGACGGACUUUGUGAGGCCGAAUGCUGUGACGGUUCAGACGAGGAACCAGGCCUCUGUCCAAACAUUUGCGAGAAAGUAGGCAAGGAAUAUCGCGAACGCGUCGAAGCAGAGAACAAAAUCCGCAAGAAAGGGUCAAAAAUCCGAUCUUCGUAUAUUUCAUUUGCUAAUAAGGAGAAGAAACGCCUUGAAGACCUUGUAGCUUCUACUUCACGCGAAGUUGUCGCUCAGGAAAAGGAAGUUGCAAGGCUUAAAGAUAUAUGGGACAGGUCAGAGGCUACUUCUGCAGCUGAGCUUGAAGAGAAGAAGAAAUCUCCACUCUACCAAUCACUCGUAACACACACAGCAGCCCUGAAAGCACUCAAACGCGCCUACAACGAUCUCGCAGAGAAAGAGCAAACCCUCUCAGAGAUCUUAUCCUCCCUACGUGCCGGAUACAAUCCGAACUACCAAGACAUGGCUGUUCUAGAAGCAGUCCGAGGGUACGAACACUAUGCAGGUCUUCCACCAAGCAACGAUCGUGACCGUGCUAAGGAGGAAGGUGAGGCACCUGCCGAGGAAGAAAGCAAAACAGAAGAGAAGGAAGUUGAAGAAGAAGAGGAGCUCGAGGAGGGCGAAUGGACCAAGGAACAACUCGAGAAAGAUUUGGAGAGCCUCCUUGAUACGGAUGUCGAGUCGCUGCUUAUUGAACAUGAUCAGCACGUUGGCACCGAAGCCUCUGAUUCGCUCCUGUUCAAUUUAGAGUCGUACAUCCCAGACUCUCUCAUUCCCCAAUAUGAGCUCUUGAGAGACUCAUUCGUCGGUUUAUUAGAAACGCUCGGUGUCGCUCGUCCAGCUGACUCUUCCUCAUCCGAAUCAACAAAAACCUCAAAAGCCCGCACAGCAUACUUCGACGCCGACCGCUCACUCAACAAAAUUCGUAAAGAAAAAGAAACCGCUCAACAACAACUCGCCCAUCUAUUCGACCCCGAAUGGUUCGGCGCAGAUGGAGAAUGGAAGAAACUCGAUGGACAGUGUUUGGAGAAGGAUACGGGCGAGUAUACGUAUGAGGUUUGUUUGUUUGGUGAGGCGAGGCAGAAGCCGAAUAAGGGAGGGUCGAAUUUCAGUCUUGGCAAAUUCACCCAUUGGAACAACAAACCCAAAAUCCCCCCAGGCUCCUCAUCCUACUACUCAAAAAUGUACUACACAAAAGGCGCGAAAUGCUGGAACGGUCCCGAACGUAGCGUCACGCUCCUCCUCACAUGUGGGACGGAGAACCAGCUUCUCUCUGUCACGGAGCCGGAAAAGUGUGAGUAUCAUAUCACUGGGACGAGUCCUGCGUUGUGCCGGCCUUUGGAGGCGGAUGUCAACGGUAACGGUGGUUCGAGAUCGGCGACGAAGAACGCGAAAGAGGAGCUAUAGUCAUAAGGAUAGGGGUGUUUAGUGAUGCAUACCGUAAAUUAUGCUGUAGAGACUCAGAAAAUACAUCCAUUUCAUUU